CAUCCCGCAUGCCGUGGAGCUGCAGUCGGGAAAAGGAGCGAGCCCCGGGCUGUAGCCAUCACCACUGCUGUCGUCUGCUUCGACCUUCCAGCCUGGAGCAGUAGCAGCAGCAGCCGCCGCCGCCCCCAGCCGGGGACGCCAGCCCGCCUGUCCGACUGCCCGCCAGCCCGGAGGUGGUGGGGGGGCUAGUUCGUAAGGGGAUGUCACACCGGCUCUCCGGAGCCCCCAGCCGCCGCCGCCAGCCCCGCCGCAGGAGCAGUAGCAGCCUCAGCCACCGCCUCCUCCUAGUCGUCACCUAGUCUAAGAGCAGCGAAGAUGAACCCCCAGUGCGCCCGCUGUGGGAAAGUCGUGUAUCCCACGGAAAAAGUCAACUGCUUGGAUAAGUACUGGCAUAAAGGAUGUUUCCAUUGUGAAGUCUGCAAGAUGGCAUUGAACAUGAACAACUAUAAAGGCUAUGAGAAGAAACCCUAUUGUAAUGCCCACUACCCAAAGCAGUCCUUCACUACAGUGGCAGACACACCUGAAAACCUUCGGCUGAAGCAGCAAAGUGAAUUACAAAGUCAGGUAAAAUAUAAAAGGGAUUUUGAAGAAAGCAAAGGAAGAGGCUUCAGCAUUGUUACGGACACACCUGAGUUACAAAGACUGAAAAGGACUCAGGAACAGAUCAGUAACGUAGGUGACAAUUUCCUUGAGGGAUGUCUCAUGCCACAAAGAUGGCCAUAUUACAGCUGA